AUGCACGAAUCUGUCCCCCAGCUGCGGCACGUCGUUCUCGCCGACGCGUACUACGCCGACGAAGACGAAGAGUACGACGAAUACGUCUUCUAUCCCUCCCGAAAUGAGCUGCACCUUGUUCUUCCUACGACUUCUCCUGAAUUCCUUUCUCCUCCGCCUUCUUUCCACCACCGCCCCGCCUUCUACACCGAGUGGGAUGACGAGACGGGCUCAGAGUUCACCGUAUCGGACUGUUCCAUGGCCACGUCGCCCACCUACUCGGUCGACCCGACCUUCAAUUUCGCGGACACAGUUGAUGACGUGGGCAUUUCGAGCAUGGGGUAUAGCGUGCUCUUUAGGCGCGGGUUGUGGGCGCAGUCUUCCCCAAUCGUCAAGAAGCUGGACGCGAUCAUCAAGCAGGCAGUCGCCAGGCUCCAGUCCUUUAAAAAGCACUUCGCUCGCCAGCCACCGGCAGCGGAGGUGUAA